AUGGAGGUGAAGGAUUCGGAGCUUCUGUGGCCACUGUCAUCGGUGUUGGGGGAGCUGCGACUCCUGGGGCUGUGGGUGCCGCCCCCAGGCCACCGACUGCGCCACCGUCUGGCACUCGCCUUCGUCAUGGUUUCACACAUCGCCCUCCUCCUCGGCGCCCUCGCCUGCAUCAUCAUGGACGCACCUAGCGAUCUUCCACAGCUCUCCUUCAUAGCCUACAACUGCCUCACUGACGCUGGUCUCACUUGCAAAAUGUUCUCGUUUUCGCUGGACGGUCAGCGCCUGACGGAGCUGCUGCGUCUGCUGGCAGAGUCUCGCCAGCGGUUCCCCGACAAGGCCGGACACCGGGCGCGCUACCAAGCCACGGCCGUCAAGCUGCGCCGCUUUAUGCAGGUGACGUACAGAAUCAACACAGCGUACUGGCUGCUGGCUCCCAUUGUCAGGAACAUAAUGGGUGCAAUAUCCAAGAAUACUUCCUCCAUCAGCAGAGAUAUUCCCGUUCCUAUAUGGCUGCCGUUCGAUGCUCGAUCCUCACCGGUCUAUGAGAUACUGUACAGCCUUGAACUGGCUUUUGGAUUUGCUAUGUCUGAGACUACAGUGCUCAUCGACGGCUCCCUGAUAGCCUUGAUACUGCAAGUGGCCGCCGAACUGGCGGUCCUGAAUGACAAUCUCGCAGCUGGCGUUACUCCAACUCUAAAGCAGUCACCAAGUGGUGUUACCAUCACUGAAAGUAUAGUCCAGGAGUCAUAUGUCCAGGUACUGCCGAAAUCAUCGCCGUUCUUGGUUGAUGGAGCCUUUUCUGAUUUCCUGCACUGCAGAAGUUCCACAGUCUCGGAAGCCGAAAUAUAUCAACAGCUGAUUGGGAAUAUUCAGCACCACCAGACCAUUAUAAGAGAGUCAGGAUAUGGCAGUUCCAACGACGAUGGUGAUUUUUUGGGCGACUGGAGCUUUGAGACGCUGGUGUCGCACUCUGAGGCAGGUAAGAGCAGCAAGGGCGGCCCUGUGCCAGCGGCGAGGUUGUCGUUGAGGACCGCCAACUCUGCGGAGACCUGCAGCAUGAGUGCGAUCAGCGAGACGUCCACGAGCACCGUGGUCUCAGACACGGCCCAUCCAAAAGCGAACUGUAGGCAGUACAGGAUCUCGUAG